GUGUGUGCGAUUAUAAAAAACGAUAAGAGUGUGUUAGCGGCCGCGUACGGGCCCCUCACCUCCUGAAGUCGGUCUUGUCGGUGGCCAGAGCAUAGGCCGCUUUCACCGUCUCCAUGAAGCCCCGGCGACAGCCAGGUUCGCUCUUCUUCGGAGCCGCCAUGAUGACCUCACCGCAAUGUGGGAAUGAGAGGGAGGGAAACACUUCAUGGAUGCACCAAACCCUUAGGACCGGGGCUACAACUAUAACUGUCCGCCCGGAGGAGGCACCGGGCACGAAGACAAUGAGCUCUGAUGGCAUCGUGUAAUCCUCAGGGAACUAAGUGAGGAAGUAGAAAAACCACUGAUCAGAUACUUUCAGAUGUUCUGGAAUUCAGAAAUUGGAUUGGAGAGCCAAUGUACGAGAAGAGAAAAGGGUAGAAAAGUACCGGAUUUGGAUUCUGUUUGGGAGCUGUUGCGAAUGGAAUGUGAAACAAUGUAACUGGUUUGAAAAGAAAUGCAUGUAUCGGACGGAGAAGGUGCAGAACACCCUGGACAGACACAAGCCUCUGCUCAUCAAACCUGAACUGAUUGAUGUGAUAUGUAUCUGAAGAAUUACAGACAGUGCCCAUACCCAGCAGCGCUAUCAUCUCAUAGCCAAGAGAUGGAGUUAGUCUAUAGAAGAUGUCUCCAAAGUGAUCGUGAAGAGCAUGCUCAAACUGGACACAGCGAAAGUCUCCCUCUGGUUCCCGACCAGAGACAAAAGGAAAAGCAAACUCCUCAUUGCAAAGCUGGCAGUGAUGAGAAUGGCAAGGAACGCGGACGUGACAUCGGUGAAAAGAGUGUCCGAUCAGCAAUGCCCAGCAACCAACAGGAGCGGAAAAAUAAUUGUUCUGCUAAUGAUCCCGUAAAGGCUGCAAAAGGGAAAGUUCACCAACGGGAGAACAAAGACCACCCGAUUUAUGAAAGAAAAAAGCCCUGUCCACCUGAGAAAACCAUCAAAUGUUGCAAUGAUUCUUCACACAAGAACCAAGAGAGUGCCCCAGUGAAACCUCUGUCAUCCCAGAACACCGAGCAAGACUGUCCAAAAAUUGUUCCAGAUGCAGUGCCAAGAGAUUCUUCAACGCUGCCAAGUUCAUCAGUUUCAAAGAAGGAGGAAAAGUCAGAAAUCCAUCUGAAAAAGAUUUCCGCACAGACUGUAGAAAAAAAUGCUCCGGGAACAAGUUCCACUGCCCAAAUUCCUGUCCGAAUUACUCCACGGACUGAUGGAGUUGGUCGACCUUCAGGAAGCUUUCUUGUGCCGAGACACAAUCCUUUGAAGAACCCACCUGUCACGAAGAGUAAACCAAUUGAGUCUAGGUCGUCUGAGCUCCCUGUAAAAAGGAAGAAAACUGUGCAGGCUGUAAAACCAGACAUUCCAAAGAAGCCAGCCCAAGAGAUAUCAGUAGAUGUUGCAUCUGAGAGAGCAGACAAGCCUGGCACUGGUUUCUGUGGAAUUGACUCCUUUGCUCACCACCUCCAGAAAAAACAUUCUUAUAAGAAUGGUGGACAUAACAAAGAAGGCAGUCGGCAUCCUAGUAGAGAUCUUAAAUCUCACAGUGCCUCAGCAACUGGCUGCAAAGUUAGUAAGGCUAUUAAGGACGUCUCCAGAUCAGAUACCAUGACAGAAAAGGACCGACCAAAGAACGAGACCCAUAAAGACCCUCGGUCUGCUUUAAUUUUGGCAAAAAGGGACAAAUUGAUGAAGACAUACAGAUCGGACUGUGAGGCCUUUGCCAUGGUGGCAAAACAACUGGUCAACCAAGAUCCUACAAUCGAGAAGCAGGUCCAAUUAGCACUCAGGAAGAGUCUGCAGCUGAUUGGCGAACGCUGUCUGGGAGAACUGAAGAAAAGUAUUGCAAAGUACGAUGCUGCAAAUGCAGCGAAGAAUUCAAACUGAGUUUGUUCCUUUAAAGCCACAUUUUGACUUGGGCACUUUGUACUUUCGCUGGAUUUCUCCGGGCACUUUCCGCUGCCAAAAUGUAUUUUUCUUCCUUUUCAUCCUGAAGUUUUGGGUGAUGGAGGGAAGAGAGAUUUGGUCAUAUAACACCUCCAGUGGCAAGGGGCUAUUUCUCAGAAGGGCGGGGGUUACUGACUGCGGGUACUCUGAGCCACAGGGGGAGAUGCAUGCAAUUGACAGGUUAGUGUAAGUCUGUAUUACACCAUUGAAUUUCUCCUCCCAUUGGAUCUACAGUUUGACAAUUCCGUUGCCCUCUAGUAUUCCAUACCCCAUCCCCCUCCUCCUGAAGGCCGUGUGGCUAUUCCUCCUUAGAGGUCAUCAUAAUAGAGCCUGAUUCUGCCCUCGCCCAACAUCGCCACAAAUUCCCAACAAGUAAAAUCUGCAGACGGUUUUCUCUUGCUAAUUUCUUUUUGCUGUCAUGCGUGGCCAGUUAAUUUCAACACAGGCUCGUUUAGAAUGUUUUUGCGGUGGUCGGGGUCGGGGGGUGGGGGGAGGUGCCACGCAUGAGCCUCCUCGUUUACGGGGCAAUUUGUGAAUGACCGUCUGGGGGAAGCUGCGCCCAUGCCCGCCCUAGAACCUUUUUCUUGCUGAUCCCAGCGUGGGUGCAGCCCGUUCGUUCCUGUCCCACCUACAAAGCGACUUCACAGCCACCAGGGCUCAAAGCUGCGAGCAUCUUGUUCUAUAUGACUCAGGAAUUCAUUAUGUAAAUUAAUUACGCUGGCGAGACAUUUUGUACGUUUUAAAUGCAACCAUUUAACUAGGCGGUUGGAAACCUGUAAAUGGCAAAUCAUAGCAGAGGCAGGAGGUAGAUCUCCUUGGCUGUCAAUUUGAGUGCAUUAUGAUGAAAAGAAAUAGAUAUUGUGAUGAUCGAUGCCUCAGUUGUCUUUCUUUUAUAAAAGGCAACACUUCUGUCGUUCAGUUUGUACAUUUAAAAAAAAAGUUUGCAAACAAAACUGGCACAUAGGAUCCAAAUGACGGGACAGAUUGCCUGCGAUCCUUGGAUGAAUGUAGACCAAAGUUCAAAAAAUGAUUCCUGCCCAUGUUUAGUUUGAAAUGUUUCCAUUUUCCAGUGAGUCAUUGGGCAGAAAGAAAGGUUUUAAACACUUUGCCGCUAUUAUUGUUGUUGCAAAAGA